AUGCCUUCCUCGAAACCUUUAAAGAUCAAGCCUUCCGAGGUUGCGGCGGACACCAAGAAGAAACUGAUCCCAGAAGUCAACAGGUACUUCCGCGAGGAGUGGCCGCCUUACUCGAUUCUCUACUCUCAACCACUGCUCCAGCUUCCGCUCAGCCGCCCAGCUUUCAUGAGCUCAGACUUACCCAAUUUCUAUGUUGUCCAUAGCGAUCCUGUAGACUGCGCACUGGGCUGGGCUCAAAGCGAAGGAGUUCGGAUUCCCUUCAUCUGCGCCGCGAACGAGAAGCGACCCGGAGGUGAUUGGGAAACGGGUGUCGUCGGUUACGAGGAGAGAUUAUGCCGUCGCAGCAAUCUGUCAGCAACGCUGGGCUCUCCUCAUCCGGAUACAUGCAUGUCAACCAACUACCCGAUUCCGAUCGAAGGAGCCAUCUAUUCUCCCGACGUUGUUCGGUUCCGCCAGUUUCAAGACAGAAUCGAGUCGCUUGACAUGAAGGAUUGGAGGUCGUUGCCAGUCAUUUCCAUGCCACCAGCGCGAUGGCCGAAGCUGACAGACAUGGGACGAAAGUACUCCUUUGCGGAAGAGCGAGAAUUGGUACGGAACAAGAUGCGCGCUGCCUUGCGAAUCUGCGUGUUUAAUGGCUACAACCACGUUGUAAUUGGCGACUUUGGCCUCGGCAACGGCUACCGCAACCCGCCCAAGGAGCUGGCAGAGUUGUGGCGCGAGGUCUUUCUCUACGACCCGGAAUUGAGAGGGCAGUUCCUUGCCGUCAUGUUUGCUUUCGAAGAUGACAGACAGUGCACAGCCAAGUUCAUCCUCGACGACAUCGCCAAGAAGACGAAAGGGAGCAGCAGUAGCAGCUCUUCGAAAAGCAAGUCCAAGAGCUCGUCAUCAUCCAGUUCUAGCAGCAGUUCAUCCAGUCACAAGAGCGACUUCAAAAUCUUCAGCGAAAUCUUCGCAACGAGCGAGAUAGCUAGAGUUCGGAGCCAACCCGACCCACGCUACGCCUUCUCUGCAAUUAUGGAUGGCUCUUGA